UUUGUUAAUAAUUCAUUAAAAGGACAAUAAGUAUGAUUUGAAUACACCGUUAAAAGCUCUGAACAUUUUCGAAGUAUGUAUUGGACAGGUUGAAUUUAAGCUGAUUGUAAACAAUACAAUUAUUAUAUUAAUAGUGAAGAAAAGGUUGGCUUGACGUCACUUAUUAACUUGUAUCGUUAUAAUCGCGAAAUUAUUAAAGCAAUUAAAUUACUUAGUCCAGUUUCGUUUUGGUAGUCGACGAAGGAUCUUGUUACUACGAAAUAUCAGAGCAGAAGUAGGCAUGAGUAAGCAAGAAUGUUGUUCUAGUGCAUCAAAUUCUGAAAUUGCGAAAAAGUCCAUCGAAGUUUAUUAUAAAAUAACAUCAGUAAAUGAAGAGUCUUCAAGCGAAGACAAAAAUUUAACUAUGGAGAAUAUCGUCGAAUUAAUCGUUUCUAAUAAAAAAAUUGGUGAUGAUAAUAAUUAUGAUAAAACUUGUACAGAACCAAGCACAUCAAAACAAUAUACGGAGGAUGAAGUUUACCAAGUUGGCGACAGAAACAAAGUCGAGGAUAAUAUUGAGGGAGUACAAACAGCUUUACUAAAAAAAGAUUUUUUAACUGGGAAUGCUACAAAUAAUGAACCAGAUAAAAAAAAAUCACUUUGCAAACAACAACCAAUACAACAACGAUCUGAUGAACAUGAUUAUGAGCAAUUACACCAACGCUUAUUGAAAUUCAUUCACAAAGAUAAAAAAUUAUAUGAUGAAACAGAUCCAGAUCCACUGUACUGGACUUUUAUGGGCUCUGAUUAUUCUUAUGUCGCGGAUAUACUUAUAGAAGCAACAUCCAAGGAUCUCUGUGACUAUUUUUUAGCAAAAAAAAAGGGUCAAAAUGCUGAAGCGAUUCGAAUAAAACUUCGCAUCAAUGAAGCUCAUAAACUGCUUUUGAUCUUACACGAUUGUUAUAACUUGAUUUACAACAGAUUAAGAAAAUUUCAAAAACAACGCACCCACAGAGGCGUUUUCUUAUCAUACCUUCGGAUUAAUAAUCUGGAUUACGAGACGAAAAUAGAGCUGAUUCAAAAUAAAAUUGAAGAUUUGAACAAAUUAUAAACCACGACUUUUAAGACCGAAAUAUAUUAUUUACUAUUAUUUUCAGGUGAUAGUUUAAUAUUAAGUUUCAUCAUUUUAUAAUAAACAUUUAUCUCAAAAUUCAAAUUUAUAUUAU